AUGAAUUCAAUGUUUGGUUCUAUUGAAAAGGACAAUAGUGAAAGUUGUAGGGUGGGAAAGAGAAAGGUGGGCGAAACUGAUAAUGACGAGGACUAUCAACCACUUGAUGAUGAUGAAGGACUGAGUUCUUCAAGUGAUAAUGGCGAGCCUUUUGAUUCUCAAGUGAUUAAGGAUAUUCAUAUGGGUCUCGGUAGGAAAACAAAUAGGUGUGCAGCUCGCCUAAUAGCUUUACAAACACUUAGGGAAAAGAGAAGUAUUGUUGAUGAAGAUACACUUACUCUUCCGAGACGACCUGUAACUGCACAAGUUAAUCAUUCAGAGAGCACACCUGAGGUCUCGACCCAACCUAUCCAUCUUCCCGCCUUACAUACUAGGCCCGAUCAGCUCCCUACCUCCGCCACUCAACCUAACCACCUUUCAAGUCCAUGUAUUGUGACUAACAGUGGAGCAUCAAUUCCAGUUUUGGGCAAGAAACGUGUACGAGGACCGACCCGAGGAAAGAAUGUUGAGAAGAUUAGAAAAGAACGUGGUGAUCGAAUACCCGUUACACUUAACCGUUUGACCAAAGCAAUAGAAGGGGAAUACGCCACACCGCUAGCAGCUGCUCUUGGUCAACAAAUUCGACAAACUUUUGAUUUUGGGGACUACAAUAAUGAUGUGGAUGUGAGAUGUAUUAUUGAUCAUAAGUGCCAAACUUUGUACAGUGAAUGGAAAAAUAGAUUACACACACACUACAAAUCCCUUAAAGAAAACAAUGUAUCUGACCUCAAAAGUCAGAUACUAUAUCCUUGUACAAAAGAUGAUUGGGAAUGGAUGAUUGACAAUUUGUGGGAAACUGAUGAUUGGAAGGUAAAGUCAGAGAAUGCGAUGAAAGCGAGAGGUUGUGUGAAGUAUAAUCAUACGAGUGGCUCGAGAUCAUUUGCAUCGCGAGCAUCUAUCACUGUAAGUGUAGAUUUACAAAUUUGA